UAGAAGUCACAAAACUGCUAUAUACUGCUGAUGUUCUGUGUUCUGCAGGAGACCUGAUAUAGUGAAUGCAGGGUCCGGGGAGCACGGAUAUAGUGAAUGCAGGGUCCAGGGAGACCUGAUAUAGUGAAUGCAGGGUCCAGGGAGACCGGAUAUAGUGAAUGCAGGGGUCCGUGGAGAUGGGAUAUAGUGAAUGCAGGGUCUGGGGAGACCGGAUAUAGUGAAUGCAGGGUCUUGGGAGAACAAAUAUAGUGAAUGCGGGGUCCAGGGAGAUCGGAUAUAGUGAAUGCAGGGUCCGGGGAGAGCGAAUAUAGUGAAUGCAGGGUCCGG